UUUGCAUUGUAAUUGUGAACAUCGUUCGACCGACCGAUCGAUUGGUCUUCUUUUGUAUAUUAUUUCCGCUCACCUUUUCCCUUAUAAUAUCGUCCUCCCGCCACUCACUGUAGCAUGCUCCGCGGCCAGACUCUUCCCUGGAGAGCCGCGCUCCACCAAUCCUCGCGUCCACUCGUUCUCCGGUCUCUACUUGCGCCUUCGAGAUACAAUGUCGCUGUCCGAUCGGCCGUAACCUCACCGCGUCUCCCGCGCUCUCUGCCGAGUUGCCCGCGGACCUUCUCGUCCAGUUCGUUCCGAUCGAAGGAAAAGCCCCCACCCGGCGACGACAAGGAAGAUCCGAAUCAGAAGGAACAGAAGGAUUCAACAGAAGAGAAAGACGUCCAGCGGGGGCCAGAGUCUCGGCGGAAGACGGGUGAUCUGUCGAACAAACAGGGAUCGGCUACGUCAGAACCCGGAGCUCCGACCUCGGCGUUUACCCGGCGCAAGGAAAAAUCCCCCACGGACAAGGAGCAACGAGGAGUCGAGGAGGAUGGAAAGGAGGAAAAUAACGCCGCCGAAAGCAAAGGAAGUUCAAACGAAGGCCCGUCGCCCAUUCCUGUGAAUGGCGGUUCGGACUCCAAGCCCAGUGGUGGGAACCAGGGUGGGAACGAUGAUGGCGGGAAGAAGGGGAAGAAGGGUGCCGGCGAGAAGGCCUUACAGAAGCCUUCCGUCCCCGACGUCUACCCCCAAGUGAUGGCUAUUCCUAUUGCUAAGCGGCCGCUCUUCCCGGGUUUCUACAAGGCGAUUACCAUCCGAGACCCCAACGUGGCCAUGGCCAUCCAGGACAUGAUGAAACGCGGGCAACCUUACGUCGGAGCGUUCCUGUUUAAAGAUGAGAACGCCGACGGUGACGUGAUCGAGAGCAUGGAUGAUAUCUACGACGUGGGUGUGUUUGCACAGAUUACUGCGGCUUAUCCCCUUCGCGGAGAGGCGAGCGGGGUGACGGCCGUGCUCUACCCGCAUCGUCGCAUCAAGGUUACUUCGUUAAUAGCACCAACCGAACAAGACAAAGACAAGCCCGCUGCGACGGAUGACAAAUCCGCGGAGAAGCGGGGCGAUGUUGUGGCCAGCUUCGAAGAGGGCGCGGCGGAGCCUACGCCUAAGGAUCACUACGAACCUACCUCAUUCUUGCGAAAAUACCCCGUCAGCUUGGUCAAUGUCGAAAAUCAGGUGGAAGAACCCUUCGACAAGAAAAGCGCCAUCAUCCGUGCCGUGACAAGUGAGAUUGUCAACGUCUGCAAGGAAAUUGCCAGCCUCAACCCGCUAUUCCGUGACCAGAUCUCGGCCUUCUACACGGACCAAUUCCCCGGCAAUCUGAGCGAUGAGCCCGCCAAGCUGGCCGACUUCGCUGCGGCUGUCUCUGCGGGUGAACUGCAGGAGAUGCAGGAAGUCCUUGAAUUGACUAAUGUCGAGGAGCGAUUGCCCAAGGCGUUGGUGGUGCUGAAGAAGGAGUUGAUGAACGCACAGCUCCAGUCCAAGAUCUCGAAAGACGUCGAAGCCAAGAUCCAGAAGCGCCAGCGCGAGUAUUGGUUAAUGGAGCAGAUGAAGGGGAUCAAGAGGGAGUUGGGCAUCGAAUCCGACGGCAAGGAUAAACUGGUUGAGAAGUUCAAGGAGAAGGCGGAGAAACUCGCCAUGCCUGAGGCCGUCAAGAAGGUGUUCGACGAAGAGAUCAACAAGCUGGCCCACCUGGAGCCGGCUGCGUCCGAGUUCAACGUCACGCGCAACUACCUCGACUGGUUGACCCAGAUCCCCUGGGGCCAGAAGAGCGUGGAGAACUUUGGGAUCCAGCAUGCGACGAGCGUUUUGGACGAGGAUCACUACGGGCUGAAGGAUGUCAAGGACCGCAUUCUGGAAUUCAUCGCUGUCGGCAAACUCCGGGGCACCGUUGAAGGGAAGAUCCUCUGUCUGGUCGGACCCCCGGGUGUCGGAAAGACAAGCAUUGGCAAGUCCAUCGCGCGGGCAUUGAACAGGCAGUACUACCGGUUCUCCGUCGGAGGCUUGACGGACGUGGCAGAAAUCAAGGGCCAUCGUCGGACCUACGUGGGCGCCCUUCCUGGUCGCAUCAUCCAAGCCCUCAAGAAGUGCCAGACGGAGAACCCGUUGAUCUUGAUCGACGAGGUCGACAAGAUUGGACGGGGCCAUCAAGGCGACCCUUCGUCUGCGCUGCUCGAGCUACUGGAUCCGGAGCAGAACAACUCGUUCCUGGAUCACUACAUGGAUGUCCCCGUGGAUCUGUCUAAGGUUCUUUUCGUCUGUACCGCCAACAUUACCGACACCAUCCCCCGGCCUCUGCUUGACCGUAUGGAGCUCAUUGAGCUUUCGGGCUACGUGGCGGAUGAGAAGAUGGCUAUUGCCGAACGGUACCUUGCCCCCGCUGCUCGGGAGCUGACCGGUCUCAAGGAUGUUGACGUCACCUUGAACGAGGAGGCCAUCGAAGAACUCAUCAAAUCGUACUGCCGUGAGAGCGGUGUCCGAAACCUGAAGAAACAGAUCGAAAAGGUUUACCGGAAGGCUGCCUUCAAGAUUGUCCGAGAGUUGGGCGAGGAUGUCCUCGCCGAGGAGAAGGCCCUGACCGACGAGGGCAAGGCCGCCCAGAGCGAGGAGAAGAAGGAGGCCGAGUCCUCCGAGACGGAGCACGCCUCAGCUGACCCAGAGAAGUCGACCACCGAAAAGCCGCGGGUGGCGUUGCAAGUCCCUGACAGUGUACACAUCAGCAUCGGCAAAGACAGCUUGACUGACUACGUUGGACCUCCCAUCUACACGGCCGACCGACUGUACGAUACGUUCCCGCCCGGCGUGACCAUGGGACUUGCGUGGACGAGCAUGGGAGGCGCCGCGCUGUACGUGGAGUCGAUCCUGGAGAAUGCUCUGACGCACGAGUCCCGACCGGGCAUCGAGAUCACGGGCAACCUGCAGACGGUGAUGAAAGAAUCGACACAUAUUGCGUACUCCUUUGCGAAGUCUGUGAUGGCGAAGCAGUUCCCCGAGAACCGCUUCUUUGAAAAGGCCAAGCUCCACAUGCAUUGCCCCGAGGGUGCGGUGCCCAAGGACGGACCCUCGGCCGGUAUCACCAUGGCGACUUCGCUCCUGUCGCUGGCUUUGAAUCACCCGCUCGACCCGACGAUUGCGAUGACGGGUGAGCUGACAGUGACCGGUAAGGUGCUUCGGAUCGGCGGAUUGCGCGAGAAGACCGUGGCAGCCCGUCGAGCUGGUGCCACCAAGAUCAUCUUCCCUGCCGACAACAUGUCUGAUUGGCUAGAGCUGCCUGAGAACAUCAAACGUGGUAUCGACGGCCAUCCGGCCACCUGGUACUCCGACGUCUUCGAUCUCCUCUUCGCCGAUCUCGACAAGGGAACAGCCAACCAGAUCUGGCGCAAGGAGUUGGCAGAGCCCACCAAGAAGAAGGCCAAUGAGGACGAGCACGACGAUUAAGUGAUACCCUGUCCUAUCUGGCGUGCUCCGGUAUAUACUUUAUCGCCAGUUGUUCUCUUCCUUCUUGGGCUCUGUUCUUCCUACCUAUUACGGUCACAUACGGGCGUUUCGUGCGGAAUGCAUGGUCGGAGUUUUGUUUCAUCUAGUAGCUGUGUACUUUUUUUUUUUUUUUUUUUUUCAUGGUUUUUGUCUCCUGGG